AAAAAAUGAAAAGAAAGGUUAAAAUUGUCCGACGGUGGAGAAAAGUGGAUGCGCUAAGUAUUAAACCUGAUGCGCGCAGCACGGCCUUUGAGUAACCAACCCAUCCACGUCAAGAAAUUCUCAUUACCUGCGCGAGGUUCUUUAUCGAGUGCAGUACGCAAUCCCCCGUCCCAAUCUCCCAUAAAGGAUAGCUAGCGAAAACCAGAGGUACAUAGAUAACAAUGGCUACUCCAGCACCCAAGCGAUGGCUUCCUCUUGAAGCUAACCCCGAUGUCAUGAAUCAGUUCAUUUGGGGUCUUGGUGUCCCAGAGGAUCAGGCUGAGUGCUGUGAUGUUUAUGGCUUGGAUGUGGAGCUUCUCGACAUGGUCCCUAAGCCAGUGUUUGCAGUCCUUUUUCUGUAUCCUAUCACUUCUCAGAGUGAAGAUGAGAGAAUACAGGAAGACAGCAAGAUAAAGGAUAUUAGUAAUGGAGUUUUCUUCAUGAAGCAAACAGUGGGAAAUGCAUGUGGGACAAUUGCCCUUCUCCAUGCUGUUGGUAAUAUCACUUCAAAGAUAAAGCUUGUUGAAGGAUCAUUCCUCGAUAGGUUCUUUAAAUCCACUGCAAACAUGGAUCCAUUGGAGCGGGCCAAAUUUCUUGAGAGCGAUGUGGAAAUGGAAGAUGCACAUUCUGUAGCUGCUACUGCUGGAGAUACUGAGGCAUCAGAUAAUGUGGACACACACUUCAUCUGCUUUGCAAUUGCUGAUGAACAACUAUAUGAACUUGAUGGAAGAAGAUCAGGACCGAUUUCACAUGGAAAAUCAUCUCCAGACACAUUACUGCAGGAUUCAGCUAAAGUCAUUCAAAAGAUGAUAGAGAAGAAUCCCGAAUCCAACAACUUCAACGUGAUCGCUCUAUCAAAGAAAGAGUUACCUAUGCUAGUAGUAGAUAAUGGGAGAGCUCGGAGUAGAAACUACAAUGGAUCGAUGUUAUAUUUUUUAUGCACACUCCUAGUCAUCUUCUUAUGGACAUCAUUAUGUAACUUUAAAUAUAUACACUGAAACUAUACUAUAUACACACAUAUUGAUGGAUAAAUAUUAUCGAGGACCGAGUACCCGAAAUGAUGUAUUUCUUGUAUUGGGCCUAGCCUGUUCUUUGCAUCGGCUCAAUGGCAUUUUGUGCACCCGAGGAUCCUGUUUAUAUUUGAUGUA